AAAACUGCUGUUUUAAAUUUUAAUUGAAUUGAGCACGUGUGUUGACUAGCGUUGGUCUUGGAGACACAGCCUGCAUCUGAUGAGGCCCGGUCCCGGCUCCUGAGCAGCCGUUACUGGGAAGUCUGGACUUGCCUCUGACUGCCUGCCGACACUUGUCGCUCCACCUCGCUGUGGCAUUUUCACACGGCUGCUGGAUUCGAGCAGAACGAGCCCUGGUCUCUUUUGCAGAGUUUGUCAGUGAGCGGCUGGAACUGCUCUCUCUGCGUUUCAUGAGCAGAAACCAUGUGAAGCAGCGACCGUGGCCUCUCCGUGCAUCGGGUCCAGUCUCACACUAAAACCAUCUUUCCUCAGACUCCUAAUAGUGGACAUUCCUCUCGGCCUCCUUGAGCGUGGAACCCAAUCUCCAAAGCGGGCCCAAGUAGCUUUAAUGAUCUUACCUUGGAUAAAAUAGAGGCAUUAUAGUCCUAACGGCAGUUCUGGCUUCCAGACACUGGCUCCAUUCAUUUCUGAAACAAUCUGAUUAUCUCCCUACCUCUCUGCCUUUGCCUUGUCUCACUAAAGCCUCUGUCAGCCCCGUCUCUGAACUAAAACCACUUGGCUCGUGUUUACUUUCUCCCCAACAUCUCACUUGUGCCACUCUUCGGCUUCGGCUCCGACUCCGGCGCUGGACGUGGACGUCGGGCGAGUUUCUCUGCAGGACGCGGCUGCAGCUUCGAGCUUCAAGGACUGGUGGCGUUGACAGGGGCAGCGUUGGCCUGAGAUCCCAUGGCUCUGCAGGAACUGGGCAUCAGCCUGUGCCUGGUGGGCGUCGCUGGGACCAUCCUGAUCUGCGCUCUGCCCAUGUGGAAGGUGACGGCCUUCAUCGGCACCAACCUGGUGGUCAUGCAGGUGUUCUGGGAGGGGCUGUGGAUGACCUGUGUCAGCGAGUACACGGGUCAGAUGCAGUGCAAGCUCUACGACGCCCUGCUGGACCUGUCCCCGGACCUGCAGGCGGCCCGCGGCCUCAUCUGCAUCAGCCUGUUUCUGGGAUGCCUCGCCUUCCUCAUCUUCCUCCUGGGAGCUCGCUGCACAAACUGCCUGAGCCACGCGAGGAUAAAGGCCAAGGUUGUGGUGGGCUCGGGGGCGGUCUUCUGCCUGGCGGCUCUCACCACCAUCGUUGCUGUUUCCUGGACGGCGAAUCGCAUCAUCAGUGACUUUCACAACCCGCGCGUCCCUGAGGUGCUGAAGAGGGAGCUCGGAGCAGCCAUAUACAUCGGCUUCGUGAUCUCCGGGCUGCUGUUCUGCGGGGGGGCCAUUCUGUGCAUUAGUUGCCCCCCACAGAGGGCCAGGCUCCCCUCCAGUGGGUACACACAGGCCAGGAUGGCCUCACACAGCAGCUACGCCAUGAAGAACUAUGUGUGAAGAGCAGGGUACAUAGUAUUAUGCAUGUUGCUGUAUUGAGUGCACAGGUGUACCUAAUAAAGUGAACAAACAGUCCCUAGAGUGUUGUAAAGCAACUGGCCACUGACUUCAUACAGGGCUUUGAACUCUGAACCUUUGUGUCCUCUCAGUUAUCAGUUUGUCGCCUCUGUAGAUCUUCCACCACAGCUAAAACACACAAGCAGCACGUCCUGAUGGAGCUGGAAGUGCAGGAGAAACCACUUCAUGGAGCUCAAAGGUGAUUAUUCACAGUAACGUCGUGAAAAUGACACAGUCGUAAAGAAAACACAACCCCAGUGGAGUUCCUAUGUGACAACACAAUCCCGUGUCAGUCUGU